AUGGCAAGGCAACUUGAAGAGGCUCGAAAGAGGUCCGAUGUGGUUACUCGAGAAGCGAUAGCCCUACGAAAUUUGAGUAGAGAGGUCUAUAAAGGCACGACACAUAACCCUCGCCGACCAUUCAUGAUAUACUUGAGGAGAUGCAAUGAUAUACUUGAGGAGAU